AUGGCGUCUUCCUAUGUUCUUCUCGGCAACCUGAAAGCUGGCCGUUGCUCAAACAUGGCGGAGGUGCGUCUCCUGAGGUUCUGGGAAGCUCGCAACGUUCAUAAGAACAAUGAGCUUAUGAGUGUGGACCUGCUUCUCCUCGAUGAACUCAACGCUAAUCCACGGGAGCAUCAACUCCAGCCAAAAUUCAGGCUCUCUGACUCUCCGGUCUCCAUCCGAUUGGGUGAUGGAACUUCUUUCGAAGCAAACCCUGACUGUGAAAAGGAUAUUCCGACUGAGUUUUUCCGUUUCCGCAAUCAGGAGCAGCUUUUGGCUUUGGCAAACACCAACAGAGAACUCCCAGGUAUUAUUUUUAUCUUUAGAUGUUGUUGGUGGACUAAUUUACCCUCUGGCCGGCUUAACGCGGUUGAUAUACUCAGCUCCGAGUUGACCUCUAAGGUGUUUGGAGGGAGCUAUGGAUUGUUGUACCCUUUCAAGUUCAGAUCACUAGAUGAUUACGCCGUGUCACAGCUAUGCUCUGUGCAGCCUGUCUACGUGGGAAUAGGUUUGACUACACAGAAAGAGCUAUUUGCUAACUGUGAGGGGAACUGGAAGCGGCUUUUGAGGUUCUUGCAGUCUGUUGAGCAAUCCUCUGAUAUGGUUGAAAACCUGCAAUAUGCAAGUUACAACGGGAAGCUAUCACACGUUGCUAAUCAACAACUCAAAGGUUUAUUCUUGCGGUACGAGUUUGUCUGGUGUGCCUACGCAUGGCCCAGAAACUAAUCAGUGCGUAGCAUUUAAGUCUACAGAGUUUCCGUUCUCUGCUCGAGUUGCUCAGGUCUCAGCCACUCAGAACCAUUCUUCUUUUGUAUUGCAAUCUGGAGAGAUUGGUAGCUUCUAUUUAUACCAAAAACCUGUCCUAUUGAAUCUAUGUUUUGCUUGUCAUGUUCAUUAAUCUGUUUGGAAUC